UUAAAAAAAUUAUAUUGAAAAGAAGUAUGCUAACAAAUAUGCUACUCCUCUUUGGCAGAUGGUGGUAGUCCAUUCAAUCUCCACUCAUUCUCAUUUCCUUUCUUUCUAUCUUUCUAAUAUCUCCAUCUCUCUUGAUUCUUCAAACAUUCUAAUCCAAACCCAUUUGAGGGCUUUCUGCAACAAAUUUUCUCUUGUUCAUUUUUUUAUUCACAAUUCUGGAUUAUCAUUUAGGAGUUUCUAUCAAGGUUAAAGGGGUUGUUCUGGUGUUGCCCCAUCAAUGUCAUCCAUUAUUCCUUCUAUGAGGCCUGACUCUUCAACGAAGAGCCACAGUUGUGACCAAAAGAAUAAGACAGAUCAAAUAGUAGGCAGCAAAUAUGGUGCUAAUAACUCUGGUUACGAGUCACCAAAAGGACCUGGGUCUAAACCUGGGUUUGAUCCCAGAAAGAUGGAUCCACUAUCCAAACCUGUUGUGACCAAUUCAACUCUGCAGGCUAAUCAUCACAGUCGUCCUAGUCCGAAGGGAGUACCUACAAAUUCUCAUCAACUGAUCCCAACAUCUAAUAAUACAAUACCACCGGCUAAUGCAAAGACGAACCAUGGUCAUAGCAUGGGUGCUCGUAGCGACAGCUUAGAGAGCUCUGCUGCAACAUUCAAGCCUCAUACUGGUGGCGAUGUUCGAUGGGAUGCAAUUAACAUGAUCAAUUCAAAAGGGGCUAUUGGUCUCAGUAACUUUCGGCUUCUGAAACGCCUUGGAUAUGGAGAUAUUGGAAGUGUGUAUCUUGUUGAACUUAGAGGAACCAGUGCUCAUUUUGCCAUGAAAGUAAUGGAUAAGGCUUCGCUUGCAAGUAGAAAUAAGCUACUUAGAGCACAGACGGAGAGGGAGAUUCUUGGGCUUCUUGACCAUCCAUUCUUGCCUACUUUAUAUUCUUAUUUUGAAACUGACAAGUUCUAUUGCUUGGUCAUGGAGUUCUGCAGUGGAGGCAAUCUUCAUUCUCUUCGCCAGAGGCAACCCCAAAAGUAUUUUACUGAGGAAGCAGCCCGGUUUUAUGCUUCAGAAGUAUUGCUCGCUCUGGAGUAUCUGCACAUGUUAGGUAUUGUUUAUAGGGACUUGAAGCCAGAAAAUGUACUAGUAAGAGAUGAAGGCCAUAUAAUGCUCUCUGAUUUCGAUCUCUCCCUUCGCUGCUCCGUCAGUCCAACCCUCGUCAAGUCAUCAUCUGUACAUGUUAACAAUGGUGGAAGUGGGAAUGCCAGUACAGGCAUUUUGGAUGAUGAAUUUGCAGUGCAUGGUUGUAUGCAGCCUUCCACAUUUUUCCCACGCAUUUUGCCAAGUAAAAAGAAUCGUAAAUCCAAAUCGGAUUUCGGCCUUUUCGUUGGAGGCGCCCUUCCAGAACUAAUGGCUGAACCAACAAAUGUACGCUCUAUGUCAUUUGUAGGCACGCAUGAGUACUUAGCACCAGAGAUCAUCCGCGGAGAAGGUCAUGGCAGUGCUGUGGACUGGUGGACUUUUGGGAUAUUCUUAUAUGAGCUCUUGCAUGGAACUACUCCCUUUAAAGGCUCUGGAAAUAGGGCUACCCUUUUCAAUGUUGUAGGGCAGCCCUUAAGAUUCCCAGAAACUCCACAAGUCAGCUUUGUGGCUAGAGACCUUAUUAGAGGACUUCUGGUUAAAGAACCCCAUAAACGUAUUGCUUAUAAAAGGGGAGCUACAGAGAUUAAACAGCAUCCAUUUUUUGAAGGUGUCAACUGGGCUUUGGUCAGAAGUGCAAUGCCUCCACAUGUACCUGAACCAGUAGACUUCUCACAGUAUGCAAGCAAAGAGCCGCCGCCAGCUGCUAAUAACAAGAAAAUGUCGGGUGCUGGAUCAGGUGAUCAUUACAAUGGCAGUCCUCAUACUCAAGAUUCUUCCUAUAUAGAAUUUGAAUACUUCUAGGAUAAGUUUAAAUAUUGAGAGUUAAACCCUUCUUCCUAUUUUGGAUUUGCUAUCUCUGGGAGAAUAUUUCUUUAAGUUGAAAAAAAAAAAAAAAAAAAAAAAAAAAAAAAGAGAGAGAGAGAGAAAAAGAAAAAAAAGAAAUGGAGAGAAUUUUUAACCCUAAUAAGACUUAUUAUAGUGAGAGUAAAUAUUUGUAUGUCUAAGAAUGACUUUUGUUGAGAGAAAAGGUUUGAUUAUUUCUUUCUAGGUGAGGACAAAUUAUUAAAUUAAUACUGUAUAUGAUCAAGGGAAGAAUUUAUAUA